AUGUCCUACUGUCGAUUACAAUAUCUACGUCCUCAGUCAUUAUUGUUACUAGCGCUCGUAUUGGUGCUAAUUUUAAAUUUGACUGAUGCACAGUUAGUCUAUCUUGACUCAAAGGGGAUGAACAAAGUUGAUACUGAUCAAAUAAUUUAUCCCUUGUUAAAACCUUUAGCAAAAGCUGUAGACAUUAUGGAACAAAAUGCCCAAGCACUUAAACUUGUUGAUAAUAUAGAAAGAGAAAGCCAAGAAAGUUUGAUCAAUCCGUCUCGAUCAAUGUUUGAUUUGUUAAAACCACGAGAAAAACUAGAUCCAAGCAGUACGCCAAAGCCAAUGCUGCAACGUCUCUUAGAAGGAUUGAUGCAGUCAUUAGCACUUGAUCAGUUAACUACAAGUUCUUCUAUGAACAAAGAUCCGUUCGCAAAUUUUUUUGAACUAUCUAAAACUGCUCCACAGAUUACAGCUACUACAAGCUCUUCUUGGGUUGCAGAUCAGCAAUCAGAACUUAUGAAUUCACUUUCUCUUAAAUCCAAAGUUGUCAAUAAGCGUCAGAUCAAUCUAUUUGAUCAACCACCGUUAGAACUGGAUAACCUGAAGCCUAUAGAACUUGCUAAUCCCUUCACGCCAAAUCCACUGAUGAGCUUAUUUACCAAUCCCAUUAUCGAUAAAUACACGACCAUUUUGCCAAAACUUCCCAGAUUCAAGUCAGCUGGUGACAAAUUACCGAAAAUUCGCUUUCCAGAAGUAGUCCACCUUCCUAAUCCCUUUGCGAACCCUUUUGUUGUUAAAAAAUUAAAUUCAACUCUUCAUUAA